AUGUCUUUAAUUUAUGUCAUUGUUCACUUUGAUGGUGUCAUCAACCAAUGUCCUAAUGAAGGAGUCACGUUCACCUCACCAUCAGCCAAAUUGGUACAUCUAAACAGAGGAGUGACUCUACAAAGGCUGAAGAAAGUCAUCCACACCAAACUUCACCGAGAUGAAAAUGAAAGGGUGGAAAUGAUACAUUUUUGCUACCCAAUUAGACUUGACCCGAGGGUUAGCAACUACAUAUGUGUUCAGUUGAACGAUGAUGAGGAUGUUAAGGCACUCUUCAACAUCUAUGAUUCUAAUCAACUUCAAUCAAGUAUAGAACUAUAUGUUACAUUUGCCACCAACGUAACCCAGGUACCACAACUUUCACCUUACCAAACUUUCGAAACCAUUAAUCCAUCUUUUCCAACUUAUGAUAUGAAUUACGACCUUCAGUCUUACACACAACUUCACACUGGUGGUUUCAUAGACCUCAAUGAAAUACCCUCCCAGGCAAUUGAAGUAGAGCCAAUUGAAGAACAUGCUAUUAUGGGUCUCCUAACCGAAGUUUUUGAUCCUUUACGCUUCCUGACAAAAGAACAUGUGCAAGAUGUCAUAAACAGAUUUCACAUUGUCAAUCACUGCACUUACAAAGUGAAGAUGUUAAGCACAACUAGGCUUGUCAUAGAAUGCGUUCACAACGACUGUGACUGGAGAUGUCGAGCUAUAUUGCUCACCAAAGAGCAACACUGGAAAAUAAUGAAGCUUGAAGGGUGCCAUACAUAUGUUUCCCCACUCAUUUCACAGGAUCAUAACAACUUGAGAUCACGAAUGAUUUCUCAAACUAUUCAUGAAAUUAUUGAGGCUGAUCCAUCCACACCCAUCACAACCAUCAUAGCUCACAUCAAGUCCACCAUGGGUUAUACAAUCAGCUACAGAAAGAAAUGGUUGGGGAAACAACAUGCCAUUGAAAAUAUAUUCGAAAAUUGGGAGGAGUCAUACCACAAGUUACCUAAUAUGUUGCAAGCAAUGCAAUGUUCCAGGUUUCAUCUGGAAGUUGAGUACACAACUGGCGUACAAGGGUGGCUUGUUGGACGGGAAAAAUGUGUUCUUCAAGAGAAAGCUAGAAAUAUGCCAAUUUGCUCCAUGGUCAUGGCGACAUACACCCGUUGCAACAAGAUCUUCAUUGAGAGAGGCAGGGAAGUAGAUGCAAUGAUUAAUGCUGGACAUGUGUACUCAGAGGUUGCAACUAAAACAAUUCAAGAUGCACAGUCAAAGGCAAACACUCAUAAGUUAUCACCUUUGACCGAACAAGCACUAGAUUUUUAG